AUGGGCCUCGAUGACUUUGAGCGUGAGCUUGCGGCGAGCAAGGCGAAGGAAUCGCGCAAAGAGUCGCACAAGAAGAGAGAUCGGAGCCGCAGUCGCGACAGACACCACCGGCACAAGCACCACCACUCGUCGCGUCACGACGACGGUGAUGAAAGACACCGACACAAGCGCUCGAAACAUCACCGCGAAACGUCCGAAGAACGCUCACGCCGGAAGAGACGCGAACGUCAACGCGACGACGAUGGAGACGGUCGCUCGCGGCGCAAUGAACAGGAUCGCAGGAGCCGGUCGCCCUCUGAUGAUGAGGACCGCCUCACCAGCAAGCGCAAGUCUCGCCAUCAGAUGUACGAAGAGGACUCUCCUUCUGAUGAUGAGCUCAUGGACAAGGACUAUCCUCCGCCCAAUGACGACUUUCUAGACCACCAGCUCGAGGAAGCGGCGGACGCAAACCUACAGCGCGAUGACUGGAUGCAGGCGCCCUCGUCUAUGGACGUCGACUACGUACAGCGAAGGAAGAAAGAAGACAAGAGCACCUUUGUGGGCGCGUCGGCGGAGCAGAAUCACGCGCGCAAGGUACACCAGGCUGAGCUCAACCAUCACUUGAGAGAUGUACAGGAUGAUGGCGCUACAAUUGAGGAAGAGCCAGUGCAACGGGAAGUAUCAUAUACCUUUGGCGACUCCGGAUCCCAAUGGCGCAUGACGAAGUUGAAAGGCGUGUAUCGGAUCGCAGAGCAGGAGGGUCGGCCAGUCGAGGACGUUGCGCUUGAAAAGUACGGUGAUUUGCGCGACUUCGAUGAAGCUAGAGAGGAAGAGAUUGAAGUUGAUCGGAGAAAAAUGUAUGGCCGAGACUACGUUGGAAAAGAGAAGCCUUCUGGGGAGCUCUUCGAAGAACGACGACUGAAGGCGGGCAUCCACAGGCCUCCUCAAGAGCCUUCACAUCCGGCGGAAGACCUACCACAAGGCCAAGUCGUUCCCGAUCCUUCGCCGACAGGGAACACCGUGAGGCUCAGCCAGACAGAGCUCAACAAACUGAAGGCGCAAAUGAUGAAAGCCAAAAUGAAGGGCGCUGCUAACGCAGCCGAGUUGGAAGCACAGUAUAACGCUGCUCUAUCUGGUGCUGCCAAUCGCGUCGAACCGGACGUCAUUGUCCUCAACUCGAUGGACAACCGUAUGUUGGCAGGCGGUCGUCAGGGCGAAGUCAAGGAAUUGACCAAUAAGAGAGGGCGAGAGCGUGGCCUGGUAGUUGAGAAUGAUGACAUGUCUGUCGAGGAUAUGCUAAGGCAAGAACGACGAACUAAGGGACAAGCUGGAGGCGAAGGCAUGAUGCUGGCAGAAAAGAUCGCCAAAGACUCCAAGUUCGAUAACGACCUCGACUACAUCGACGAAAACGCAGAAAAGCUCGCAACCCGCGCUCCGAAGUCCACGAUCAACCUCCGCAAUCAAGCCAUCUCCGACUAUCAACGCACAAACCGCAUCCUCGACUCCUGCCCCCUAUGCCAUCACGAAGACAAAUCCCCUCCACAACCCCCUGUUGCACCAAUGGUCUCUCUCGCGACCCGCGUCUUCCUCACCUUGCCUACUGAGCCCGAAAUCAGCGAUGGCGGCGCCGUCAUAGUCCCAAUUCAGCACCGUAUAAACCUCCUCGAAUGCGAUGAUGACGAGUGGGAGGAGAUCCGCAACUUCAUGAAAUGCCUCACGCGCAUGUACCACGAACAAGGACGCGACGUCGUCUUCUACGAGAACGCGGCGAAUCCAGGGCGCAAGUUGCACGCUGCUAUGAACGCUGUACCUAUCCCAUUUGAGCUUGGCGAGACGGCACCGGCGUUCUUCCGCGAAGCCAUACUGACUAACGACGACGAGUGGUCGCAGCACAAGCCUAUCAUCGAUACCUUGAAGGCCUCGCGCUCCGGUCAAGGCAAGCAAGCGUUCAGAAGGAGCUUGGCGAAGGAGAUGCCCUACUUUCAUGUAUGGUUCGAGCUUGAUGGUGGAAUGGGGCACAUAGUUGAGGACGAGCGAAGGUGGCCGCGUAGCGAUCUGUUUGCGAGAGAAACAUUGGGUGGUAUGUUGGACGCAGACAUCGAAGUUGUGAAGCGACAAGGGAGAUGGGUAAAGGGUGAUAGACGUGUGGAUGGAUUUAGGAAGCGGUGGAGCAAGUUUGACUGGACCAAGGUGCUUACUAGUGGAUGA